UUCAGAAUAUGUGCGGAGCGUUCGGCGAUGAUGGAAGAAGAACAAAAAUCUCUUUUUGUGAUAUACUACCAUGAGAAGUGGUUCGAAUGUUUACGGCAAGAUUAUCAUCGCCCUAUAAUGACAUGAAGUGAAGUAAAAACGAUCCGCUUUAUUUCGCAUACGGUAUCGUUGCACCUAACUCAUUUCAAAUUUGCAAGUGGUUCCGUGUUUGGCUGACUGCUACAUCAAACUUUUCGAGAAAUAUUGUUGACAUCGUGCUGCUCAGAUGACUUUGCUGCGUUUAAUACGCUGCAAAUAUGCCUUUUCGACUAUGCUCAACUCAUCGAGGAACCCUUGAGGUCUUCAAUAGCGCCGUUUGAGCCUCGGACUCGAUUUUGUGUGGUGAGGACGGCUGCGGGGCCGGCGCCGACCGCCCGGCUGUCGCGUCCGGUAACAAGUGUGUAAGUGGCGACCACCACUAUCGACUGGCUGUGGGGCGCGCGCGCGCGCCGCCGCCGCCGCGUGGGUGGCGGGCCGGCCCUCUCUGGUGGAGGUCGGCGGCGGCGGCGCCCGUCGGCUCGCCAGUUCUCGCCCCGGCCAUGCGUCAGAGCGCAGCGUCCGGCCGGCGCUAGUGACCGCCCGCGAGCGCCGCCAGUCACGCCGCCGGCCGCUCCGCAGACCAUGUUGUCGCGCCGGGCGCUGGCCGCCGCUGGCCUGUGUCUGCUGCUCUGCUGGCUGGCGGCUGUGGCCGCUCAGCAGCCGCGGCGCCGGACGUCGCUGCUCCAGCUGCUCACGGCCGGCCGGCAUAGCUCAGAGAAGCGCUCGUUCGAGAGGCGGUUGGCGGCGCCCGCUCACCAGACGUGGCGGCAGCGGCCACCGCCGGCUGCCGGCGCCGUGCCCGCCAGACAGCAGGCCUUUGUGCGCACCAGUCGAGCCAGCAGCCGGCCGCAGGAGUAUGACGUCCCCAUCAUUGAGUGUCCCCCGACGGAGGAGGGGAUGGACCGGUUCGCGUGUCCAACGCCCAACAUAUACGAUCGCUAUCUCUGUAUAGACGAUCACUUACUCUGCGACGGUUAUAACUCAUGUCCGGGGGGCGAGGACGAGGAUCGUCGCAACUGCCUCUUCUAUAAAACGACCAAGUCACAUCUGAAUGUGCUGGCGGACGCGCUUCUCCGGGUCAUCCGAGGCUGAGACCUGGAGCAGCGCUCAGGAAGACCAACGUCUCUCUUCUCCCUGCUGAGCCCCCGGACCUAGGUUAGCCAGCUCCGCAUCGCCGCCGAAACCGUCUCGUCUUCUGGUACCCGUCGCCGCUGCCGCUGCCGCCGCUCUCGGUCGUCAGGCCUCGGAAGCACUGGCGUCGCGAGAUCAGCAUACUUUUCGUCAGAACGUCCAGCCGCUAGAGGUCGAAACGGUCCAAUAUCAAGGGCGAUAUGGGCCUGACUGGGAUGCAGUUCUGGCUUAGUGGACGUGGAGUGUCACCCAAUCAGGUCGCGUUCCAACAGCCUAUGAAUGCUUAUCUGCUCUAUCGUGUAUGUAGUUCUAUCAACAACCUCUGUUAGCCAAUGAGGCCACCAUGUCGCCUGCCUAGGUGGCCCUGCUGUUGGGCCGCGUCUAUGAGGCUCAGCGCCGUCUCGGUUCCCUGGGUCGGCCUUCUCGCGCCUGUCGCCUGUCGGCCGCCCUCGCCUCUCCGGGUCGCCGCCAGAGGGGCGUCAAAUCGGCAUACACAUGCCCGCAGGCAUUCUCUCACUCUCUUCAGUGCCAGGUGUAAUGGGAGAAGGUCUUCACCUCCUCCCGCGAGAAGGGGCGGGUUGGGCGGGUCUGAAGCACCUCCUAUGCGGGCCCCGUCUGAUCACUGACAUAACCAGGACGGCCAGUUCACCUGUAUGGGAACUGGGAAAUGUCUGUUACUGUUUCCUCCGAAAAAUGGUUAUUCAUUCAGUGUGAGCGUUUCAAGACUCAACAAAGCAAUACUCGGGCAAGAAGGGGUCAUAUGGAGACGUAGGGAUCGCUCUGGUGGAACCAACCUUGUUUGCUCUAUGUGAACUUGCAUCUACAGCUUGCAAAUAUAACUGGUGACCAGACCCAAGUCUGGUCAAAAACCUAUUCCUCCUGACAGGAGGCAGAUCUGUGUGCUUGGGCACCCUAAAUUACUCUACUGCACUGUUUUGAUUCAUAUGCUAAACUGCCAGGCAUUAUCUACAUAGAUACAACCUCUAUCGAACGAAGCACACAUGAUUAUAAUUUAUAGACAAAUGUGCGUCUUCUUUGCUCGUGUCUCUAAUGUAUGCGAUGGAAAUUUAUUCAUUAUUAGUGCAAUAAUGCCACCAACAUCUGUUCGCUCAACUCACCAUGCCCUCUUUGAUGUUGAUAACAAGGUGCUUUUACGACGUUGCGUGUAAUAGGUUUUUCGCGAAAAAGCUAUUUCGAGCUAACAAGAUUCAUUGAACGAUGUUUAACUAUGUCCGUACACUUUAAACUAGCACUCAGGACUAUCAUCGGAAAAAUAUAAUCGGACACACAGCAUUAGGACGUAUUCUACGUUAAUGACGCUAUAAAAGCCACCGCUACCACGAAACACUGCUGUAGCUAUGCUACGUCGAGUGCUAAAAAUGGCCUUUGCUCGCUAAUAUCACUGUAGACGAAGUAAUUAACACAUUGAAUAUGAACAAUGGGGUUAUAUACGCUUGUAUCAGUAUGCUAAAUCGAUGAAAUACUCCAGCUCAUGGUAGCGACACUUUGACCGGUCAAAACAUCAGCUAUUAUUGUCAUUGUGACCGACUGCGACUGUCUCAGGAUUUCUUAUUUCCCCCCCAAAAAACUCUGUUUCAACUGUUGUUGAACGCCGCUUGGCGCCCUCUGGUUGCGGGUGUGGAAGGCUGAAUCUGAGUUGAACCGAGUCACAGUCUGAGCUGAGUCUGAGUCGGAUGUCGGCUCGUUCUUGUGUGAGCUUCUCAGUGAGAUCGUUCUGAAAGUGGCGUGACUCUGCUGGGCUGAGUGC